GUCGGCUGUAGAAUGUUUUUACUUCAAAAAUUCCAUGGAAAUCAGAUACUUCACAGUUUUGGGUCAGCCCCUCCCCUGCAAAAAGUAAAAGCUUACAUGGUCCCUCCGGAAAUGGUUCAAAAACAUGGCGGUCAAGAGUAACCUCGGCCGUUGUACUCGCUCGCGGAAGACAGCUACAAACGGUGGCAUGUCGGAUGACCUAGAAAAUAAACCAGCAACUCGUACGCUUCGUUCGAAAAAGUCUGUUCUCUUGGUUUCGGAGAAAAUGGAUAACUGUAAGGUUGUAAUAGAAAAACUGAAGUCAGACUUUGUCAACACAGUCAGGCAUGCGAAGAUUGGACGAAAACGAAGAAGGGUGGAAAGUGAAGACGAAGCUGUAAUAGAGGAAGAGGAGCAAGAAAAAGAAGAGAAGUCUACAGCAAAGCGAACAAGAACUACCAAGAAAAAGAUAGAGGCAAAAGGGGAAGCAUCAAGUGGAAGGAAACAAGAAGUUCACUAUACUUCAACAAGAGAAAAACUGAAAGCUGUGCUUAGAGAGCCAUCACCUUAUUCAGUGUCCAAGUCACCCAUACCACGUUCCCUAAGUACUACCAAGCCCUCUCCAGAAGGGAAAAGCCCACAACAGUUAGCUUCUGGUGCUGGUUCACACCUUAAAAUGAUGAGGGCACCUGAUGACAGUAGUCAGGAGGACUCAGAGAUUGUAAUUGUGAAAGAAGAUCCUGUUGCAUUUGGUUCUUCGAAAGACAAGAUGCUUUUGACUGAGAAGGAGAGGGGAAGACGUGAUAUCAGGGACUCUGCUACAGAGUUAAAUUUCAGAUCUCAAGAACACUUAUCAGCUGAACAGUUGAGAAAGUAUCAGUAUCAUCAGCAAAUGUUGCACUUUUAUUUGGCAUAUAACUCAGCAGCUCAAGCCCAGCUGCUCUCAAACAUGCCACCAGAACAGCAGAUGCUCUAUCAACAGAUGUUGUUUGAGCAGGAGAAACAGGGAAUGCGCAGCAGCAGCAGUUCAGGUCAUACUGAAACAAGAACGUUUGAGAAGAAAGAAACUCAAAAACCAAGUGACAGAACUCAAGAUGAACGAAGAUCAGAUGAGGUGAAUAAGAAAGCAAUGCCUGCAAGGACCUCUCCUGAUGAAAGUGAAUUUCGGCGAUUUCCAGGGAAAAGUGAGAGUUUACCAUAUCCAUCAUCACAUGGCUCAUCACCCAAGAUGACACAACACAAGCUGUCUUCUGAUGAACCUCCUGAAAAGAAAAGCAGGGUUGAUGAAGCGUAUGAACGUGAGAGAGAGAUGGAACGUCUGAAGUACGAAAAGGAGGAGGAAUAUCUUCAGAUGCAAAAGCAAAAGCAGCGGAUGUCAAUGUUUAAGAAACUGGAGAAUGAAAUGGGUGGCACCUUUCACAAGCAACAAAAAACUCCAGAAGGGUCAGAAAGAAGUGGAAAUCUUAGUAGAGAGGAGGAAAAAAUGGAAAAUAGGAGUGAAAGUGGAAGGGAUGAUGAACCUCCUGAAAAGAAAAGCAGGGUUGAUGAAGUGUAUGAACGUGAGAGAGAGAUAGAACGUCUGAAGUACGAAAAGGAGGAGGAAUAUCUUCAGAUGCAAAAGCAAAAGCAGCGGAUGUCAAUGUUUAAGAAACUGGAGGAUGAAAUGGGUGGCACCUUUCACAAGCAACAAAAAACUCAAUAGCAUUUGAAGAUGACACUAGUAAUGCAAUAUUUGAAGAGGAUGUUGCAUUUAUCAAGUCAAGUUCAAGAUCUGCCUGGUUUUCAAGCUCAAAAAAUUACAUGUAGAAAAUUAGAAUCAACAAUUCGUGUCAGUAUAAUUUGCUUCUAUAUAUUAUUUUAAAUCCUUGAAUCCAAAGAAAGAGUGUCGGGCUUUUAAUUUCUUCUCACAGUAUCACCCUUGAAUCAGAGUUAAAUUAAGGGCGUGAGAAAAAAGGAAAUAAUCACCGAUUUUGGAAGCACCUGAUUGUUAAUAAAACAAAUUCUCCUUACCAGUACCACAGGAAAAGUAUAGAGAACAGUGUGGAGAAUAUGGAUACUAAUGUAAGGGUGUAAAGGGUUUUCAAAAAAAAAAUCCCAAAACAGUCUUAUCAUUUUGUCUUUUUAUGUUCACUGGUGAAUUGUGGAGUCUUAAAAACUGCGUUUUCAACAUUAAUUGAAGUGCACAGGAAUUUUUUUUUGAGAUUGCUCAUCGCUAAAUAACAAUAACCAAACAAAGUUGGUAGAAAGAUUUUAUUCACAUGAAUAAACUACGUUAGAGUUCCUACAUUUUA